AUGGAUAAGAAUAAGUCUUCCACUGAAGGCUUCCGACGACCUGGCGGCCGUCAUAUAAUGCUUGGAUCCCAGAUGUCACUGGCCUUUUGUGAUCGUUCGUACUCGCCAGAGUACCUCGAGCGGCUGUCAAGUCCUGAUUACCUUGCUGGCGAUGAGUCCGCGUCAGAUUCGCAGAGUGUUCCUGAGGCAGAUCGACAUCCAGACGCUGCUGCACCUCUGAGCGCCGACGAGGACCGAAUGGAUUCGGAUUCUCCAGCGCGCAGCGAGGAAUGCAGUCCAGUUGGUAGUGACAGUGAUGAGGAACGUCCGCCCUUGAAGCGUUUCAAAGAAGAACCAGCCUCGGAUUACGAAUCCUCUGAAGAUUACAUUCCAGCUCACCGCCAUCCCGCCAGUCUCGUCGACAGCGAUGGCAACGAGGAACCCCCCUCCUCAAAGCGGUUGAAGACAGAUCAAACCCAGCACUAUGAUUCGUCUGACAACAACUACAAUCCUCCCGCCCGCUCACCACCCAGCUCCACCGCCAACCCUCCCCCAAAGAAACCUAUUCAACACAAGAAACACAACCAAGACAAAAGACCCAGCCAACCCCCUCCCCCCUCCAAUCCCCCCAGAAAAACCUCCCCCACCGCCACCAAAACUUCCCUAAUCCACCAAAUCCAACACCACUGGGGCCCCAACUUCAUCAAAACCUACAUCCCCAAAUGCCACCGCCCCCUCAUCAAAACCCUCACCUCCUCCAGCAAACGCAAACGCCAACGCCCCCAAAACCGCAAACACGAGUCCAACCCGCUCCAUUGGAGCCCCUCAUCCCUAACCUCCAUCUUGCGCAUCGCCAAACUCACAUCAGACAAGCAGUGGCUGCAAGGAGCGAUGCGGGAUGUAGUGCGGUAUAGGAUUCGGCAUACGGGGAAUCGGAAGCCGCAGCUGGGGCGGGCGGAUUUCGAUGUUAUCGAGGACAUGUUGGGGAAGGGGUGGGGGGUCAAGUAUGCGUUUGGGGUUAGGUAUAAGCAUCUUGUUAAGGAGGAAGGAGGGGCGGAGGGGGAAGAGGAAGAGGAAGAAGAAGAGGAGGAUGUGGAGUAUCUUUUUGAUGUUGGGCCGGAGAGUGAUGAGGGGGAUGGUAAAGAACAGGGCGAGGGGGUUGAGACUGACAGACGGGGACGCGGUGGUGGUGCUAAUGGUGGAAAAGGGAAGAGGAGGGAUGAGGUACGCGCGUCGUCGCCUUCGUCGUCUGAGGAGGAGGAUGUAGGGGUCAAUCCGUAUCAACACGCCUGGCGGAAAUCGCAGUACGGCAUGUUUCCGCCGCUGCCGCAUGGGUCUUCGGCGCAGAGUAUGCCGCGUGCGCGUAGUACGCUGAGGGCUAAGAAACCUGCUGAGCAGAGGGCGCGGAAAAUGAAACAGAAAAGUACACAGCGCGGUAAGGAUGGACGACAUAGGCAGGAUGACUCGCUGUUUGUGCUGGAGGGGAGGGGGAGUGAUGGACAUGGGGAGUCUGAGGAGGAGAUGGUGGUAGCGGCAGCGGCGGCGGCGGCGGUGGAGGGCGAAGAAGAUGGAGGAGAGGAAGAGGAAGAGGAAGAGGAAGAGGAAGAGGAAGAGGAAGAGGAAGAGGAAGAACAAUACUACAAAGCAGAAAUCGCAGCAGCAGAGGCGGAACUAAAACUUGCGCGGUUGAGGGCUGCGGCUGCGAAGGCCAAGAGGGCGAAAAUGCUAAAGAGGAAGAAGUGA